CUUUGUGUGUUAGUGAGGAUGUUAGCUAAGCUGUGCCUGUGAGGCUGGGGGAGAGAAGAGCAACGUGUUCUGGGUCAUUGACGGCUCUUUAUUUUUAUCUGUAAUAUUUGAUUAUUUCUACAUCCGGGGCUUAAAGGGUGAGCUGUAAAUGACAACACAAACAACCUAUUGAUUCCUGCACCGAGACAGAGAGAGAGCACACCUCGACCCGGGACUACACACACUAUAGCCUACACACCCACAGCCCCCUCCCUUCUGCCCGGACACCCCCGGUUCGGCGGUCCCACGUCAUUUUCCCUCCUCCCUCGCCGACCGAGGAGCAAGGUUUAGGAGGGAUUAAUCCGACCAGCAAGACGUGAAAUUAAAUCGCUGCACAACAUGUCGGGCAGCGAGGAUGAGAGGGAAGACUUCGGAGCCGCCGAGGAGUCCUCACUUCUCCACGGUGAGGAGGAGCAGGAGGAUGCUGUGUCUGAUGUAGAGGAGAUCCCAAAGUCCAAGAAGAAGAAGAAGGGGAAGAAGAGCAGCAGGAGCAGCAAGAGGCAGAGGCCGGUCAGAGAGGAGUUGCCCGUCAGCUCCCCAGAGCCCCGGAUGGGAGUGGAAGCUGCAGAGAGAGAUGCAGGAGAGGCAGGUGUUCGGUCAGAGAGUGAAGGGAGUGAUUACGCUCCAGGAAAGAAGAAGAAAAGGCGCUCCAGCUCGGCCAAAGAGAAGAAGAAAGGAGGAGGAGGAGGAGGAGGAGCAUCAUCAGAGAAAGGAGGCUCCUCCAGCUCCAAGAGCAAACGCAAAGAUCCAGAACCAGAGGAGGACGAGGAUGAUGAGGAGGAUUGUCUGCCGAAAAGCUCCAUCCAGCUGUUGGAGACUUGGGGUAUGAAGGACAUCGACCACGUCUUCACUCAGGAGGACUACAGCUCCCUCACCAACUACAAGGCCUUCAGCCAGUUUGUCAGACCUUUAAUUGCAUCAAAGAACCCCAAAAUUGCCGUGUCCAAGAUGAUGACUUUGAUGAUGGCUAAGUGGAGAGAAUUCAGCACCAACAACCCGCUUAAGGGUUCUGCUUCGGCCAACGCGGCGCUCUCUGCUGCCAGCGUGGCUGCAGCUGUGGAGAACAUGGUGGUGCCGGGGACUGACGGAUGCUCGGAGACCGGAGCCGCUGCUUCACCUCCUGCUCCAACACCUCCUGCUGCUGCUGCACCCCCCGCACCCCCUGCACCCCCGCUCCGCAAGGCCAAGACCAAAGAGGGCAAAGGUCCAAACGCUCGCAAGAAGUCAAGGCCCGCUGCGAAGCCUGCGCCGAAACCCAAACCUAAGAAGGUGGCUCCGCUCAAGAUCAAACUAGGAGGCCUGAACAGCAAGAGGAAGCGCUCAUCUAGUGAUGAAGAUGAACCAGAAGUGGAAAGUGACUUUGACGAAGGCAGUUUCCCCGGGACCGACGGCGCCAACCGCAGCAGCCGUCCUAAGAAGAAACCCAAGAGUGCCAAGAAGAAGAAGAAAGUGGAGACGGAGGACGGCGACGGCUACGAGACGGACCACCAGGACUACUGCGAGGUGUGCCAGCAGGGCGGGGAAAUCAUUCUGUGUGACACCUGUCCCCGAGCCUAUCACAUGGUCUGCCUGGACCCCGACAUGGAGAAGGCCCCCGAGGGAAAGUGGAGCUGUCCGCACUGUGAGAAGGAGGGGAUCCAGUGGGAGGCCAGGGAUGAGCUGUCGGAGGCCGAAGGGGAGGAAGAGGAGGACAGGAGGGACGAAGGCGUGGAGGAAGAGGACGACCACCACAUUGAGUUCUGCCGGGUGUGUAAGGAUGGAGGAGAGCUGCUGUGCUGCGACUCGUGCCCCUCCUCCUACCACAUCCACUGCCUCAACCCCCCCCUGCCCGAGAUCCCCAACGGAGAGUGGAUCUGCCCCCGCUGCAAGUGUCCCCACAUGAAGGGCAAAGUCCAGAAGGUGUUGACGUGGAAAUGGGGGGAGCUGCCACCCCCCACGCCUGUCCCCCGCCCCGCUGACUCCCCACCGACUCCCCCGACCCCCCCCGCGCUGGUGGGCCGCAGGGAGAGGGAGUUCUUCGUGAAGUGGUGCAACAUGUCCUACUGGCACUGCUCCUGGGUGCUGGAGCUACAGUUGGAGCUGAACUGUCAGGUGAUGUUUCGUAACUACCAGAGGAAGACCGACAUGGACGAACCUCCGCCUGUAGACGCUGGAGGCGAGGGUGACGAAAACAAAAGCAACAAGAGGAAGAACAAAGAUCCUCUCUUCGUCCACAUGGAGGAGAAGUUCGGCCGCUACGGAGUCAAGAUGGAGUGGCUGAUGAUCCACCGCAUCCUCAACCACAGUGUUGAUAAGAAGAGCAACAUUCAUUACUUGAUCAAAUGGAGAGACCUUCCCUACGACCAGUCCACCUGGGAGAUGGAGGAAAUGGACGUCCCCGAGUUUGACACCUACAGACAGACCUACUGGAACCACAGAGAGUUGAUGAUGGGGGACGAGGGCAAACCUCAGAAGAAGCUGAAGAAGACGGUCAAAGUUAAGAAGGCGGAGCGGCCACCUGCUAACCCGGUUAUUGAUCCCACCAUUAAGUUUGACCGUCAGCCCGACUACCUGGACAGCACCGGGGGAACGCUGCACCCGUACCAGCUGGAGGGUCUGAACUGGCUCCGGUUCUCCUGGGCGCAGGCCACUGACACCAUCCUGGCCGAUGAGAUGGGUUUAGGGAAAACUGUACAGACGGCGGUGUUCCUCUACUCACUGUACAAGGAGGGUCACUCCAAAGGUCCCUUCCUGGUCAGCGCCCCGCUCUCCACCAUCAUCAACUGGGAGAGGGAGUUUGAGCUGUGGGCGCCCGACAUGUACGUGGUGACCUACGUGGGAGACAAAGACAGCCGAGCCGUCAUCAGGGAGAACGAGUUCUCCUUCGAGGACAACGCCAUCCGGGGCGGGAAGAAAGCUUCCAAGAUGAAGAAAGAUUCCACGGUGAAGUUCCACGUCCUGCUGACGUCCUACGAGCUGAUCACCAUCGACCAGGCCGUGCUGGGCUCCAUCGAGUGGGCCUGCCUGGUGGUGGACGAGGCCCACCGGCUCAAAAACAACCAGUCCAAGUUCUUUCGCAUCUUGAACAACUACCCUCUGCAACACAAGCUGCUGCUGACCGGCACUCCUCUGCAGAACAACCUGGAGGAGCUCUUCCACCUGCUCAACUUCCUGACCCCCGUCAGAUUCAACAACCUGGAAGGCUUCCUGGAGGAGUUUGCAGACAUCGCCAAAGAGGAUCAGAUCAAGAAGCUGCACGACAUGCUGGGCCCUCACAUGCUCCGCAGGCUGAAGGCCGACGUCUUCAAACACAUGCCUUCAAAGACGGAGCUCAUCGUGAGGGUGGAGCUCAGCCCUAUGCAGAAGAAGUACUACAAGUUCAUCCUGACGCGUAACUUCGAUGCUCUGAACACUCGAGGAGGAGGAAACCAGGUGUCUCUGCUCAACGUGGUGAUGGACCUGAAGAAGUGCUGCAACCACCCCUACCUGUUUCCUACCGCCGCCAUGGAGGCAGCAAAACUUCCGAACGGCAUGUACGAGGGCAACGCUCUGACCAAGUCUUCAGGGAAGCUGACGCUGAUGCAGAAGAUGAUGAGGAAGCUGAAGGACGGAGGACACCGAGUGCUGAUCUUCUCUCAGAUGACCAAGAUGUUGGACCUGCUGGAGGACUUCCUGGAGAACGAGAGCUACAAAUACGAGAGGAUUGAUGGAAGCGUCACGGGCAGUAUGAGGCAGGAGGCCAUCGACAGAUUUAAUGCUCCGGGGGCUCCGCAGUUUGCGUUCCUCCUCUCAACCAGAGCUGGAGGUCUGGGCAUUAAUCUCGCCUCCGCUGACACCGUCGUCAUCUACGACUCGGACUGGAACCCGCACAACGACAUCCAGGCGUUCAGCAGAGCUCACCGUAUCGGUCAGAACAGGAAAGUGAUGAUUUAUCGCUUCGUCACCAAAGCCUCGGUGGAGGAGAGGAUCACGCAGGUGGCGAAGAAGAAGAUGAUGCUGACUCACCUGGUGGUUCGGCCCGGCCUCGGAUCCAAGACCGGAUCCAUGUCCAAACAGGAGCUCGACGACAUCCUCAAGUUCGGCACCGAAGAGUUGUUCAAGCAUGAACUCGGAGAGGGAAACAGCAAGGAGGACGACGGCAGUGUGAUCCACUACGACGACAAGGCCGUCGACCGCCUGCUGGACAGGGACCAGAGACCCGUCACGGACGACACUGAGAUCCAGAGCAUGAACGAAUACCUCAGCUCCUUCAAAGUGGCCCAGUACGUGGUCAAAGAUGAAGAGGAGGAGGAGGAGGUGGAGAGGGAGGUGAUCAAGCAGGAGGAGAGCGUGGACCCCGACUACUGGGAGAAGCUGCUGCGCCAUCACUACGAGCAGCAGCAGGAGGACCUCGCCCGAAACCUGGGCAAAGGCAAGAGAACCAGGAAGCCGGUCAACUACAACGACGGCUCGCAGGAGGAGCGAAGUAUACGCCAGGACUGGCAGGAGGAUCAGUCUGACAACCAAUCAGAUUACUCUGUGGCCUCGGAGGAAGGUGACGAAGACUUUGACGAAAGGAGCGAAGCUAACGCCCGCAGACCGAACCGCAAAGGGCUGAGGAACGAUCGAGACAAACCUCUGCCUCCGCUGCUGGCCCGGGUCGGAGGGAACAUCGAGGUUUUGGGCUUCAAUGCUCGCCAGAGGAAGGCGUUCCUGAACGCAGUGAUGCGUUAUGGGAUGCCUCCGCAGGACGCCUUCACCAACCAGUGGCUGGUCAGGGACCUGCGAGGGAAAUCUGAGAAGGAAUUCAAGGCCUACGUGUCUCUGUUCAUGCGUCACCUGUGUGAGCCGGGCGCUGACGGAGCCGAGACGUUUGCAGACGGCGUCCCUCGGGAGGGUCUGUCGAGGCAACACGUGCUCACACGCAUAGGGGUGAUGUCCCUCAUCAGGAAAAAGGUGCAGGAGUUUGAGCAUGUGAACGGUCAGUGGUCGAUGCCCUGGAUGGCCGAGCUGGAGGAAAACAAAAGAGCUGCGGCUUUAGCUGCUGGAGAAGAUUCAAAGACCCCCUCAUCUGGAACUCCUGCAGACACACAGCCCAACACUCCUGUCCCAGAAGAUUUGUCGAAGUCUGAGGACAAGGAAGACGUGAAGAAGGAAGUCGAGGACGGCAAAGGAGCGAAGAAGGCAGACGAUUCAGAGAUUAUUGAAAUCCCUGAUGAGUCUGAAAAGUCCCCCGUCGUCGAAAAGAAAGGAGAGGAGGUAGACUCGGCCGCGGGGAAGGAGGAGAAGGAGACAGGAAAUGGAGACGAAGAAAAGGAGAAGGAGAAGGAGAAGGAGACGGAGGACACGAGUAAGGAGAAAGCAGAGAACGAGAAGACUUUGGAGACGGAGAAGGACACUCCCGCUGAGGUCAAGGGUGAAAGUUCGGAGGGGAAGACUGAGUCAGAGGAGGACAAGUCUAAAGCUGAGGAGGGGAAAGAUGAGAAGAUGGACACCAGCUCGCCGACAGAGGAGAAGAAAGAGCAAAAGGAGGAUAAGGACGCCGUGAAAACAGACGAGUCGGGCAAACUGCAGAACGGAGAGAACGGCAGAGAGGUAGCAACAGCAGCUGCUGCUGCUGCCGUGGUGAACGUCGUCGAGGAGAAGAAGAAAGCCACCAAGCAGAGGUUCAUGUUCAACAUCGCUGACGGAGGAUUCACAGAGCUUCACUCUCUGUGGCAGAAUGAGGAGCGAGCGGCCACCGUCACCAAGAAGACCUUCGAGAUUUGGCAUCGCCGCCACGACUACUGGCUGCUGGCUGGAAUAAUACAUCACGGCUACGCUCGCUGGCAGGACGUUCAGAACGACGUCAGGUUCGCCAUCCUCAACGAGCCGUUCAAAGGGGAGAUGAGCAGAGGAAACUUCCUGGAGAUCAAAAACAAGUUCCUGGCCCGCAGAUUCAAGUUGUUGGAGCAGGCGCUGGUGAUCGAGGAGCAGCUGCGCCGCGCUGCGUACCUGAACAUGGCGGAGGACACGGCCCACCCCUCCAUGGCUCUGAACACCCGCUUCAGUGAGGUGGAGUGUCUGGCCGAGUCCCACCAGCACCUCAGCAAGGAGUCCAUGGCCGGAAACAAGCCCGCCAACGCUGUCCUGCAUAAAGUUCUCAAACAGCUCGAGGAACUGCUAAGCGACAUGAAGGCCGACGUCACGCGUCUCCCGGCAACCAUCGCCAGGAUACCCCCUGUCGCCGUGCGGCUUCAGAUGUCAGAGAGGAACAUCCUCAACCGAUUGGCCAGCCGCGCCCCGGAGCUCUCCGCUCAGAGCCAAUCACAGACGUCGCAGCAGAUGCAGGUGCAGCGCUGACCAAUCACAUCGCUCCUUUCACUCUCACUGACUGAGGCUAGCUGCCCUCACCUCACCACCAUGUAGCAGACGCCCCCCUGCCCAAAAAAAAUAACCUUGUACAGCACAGGUUAGUCCUCUCGCUCUUCACCCAGAAACCAUCCCUCAGACUCAGAGGAGCUUCAGCCGCUGGACGCAGAGACGACAAGAUUUCGACAUUGAUUUGGGGAUUUUCUUACGUUGAUUUCAGGAGUUUCUGUAUCCUGAGCACUGUGACUGAACUGCAGCCGCACCGACCUGCCCUUUGUCUCUACUGCAGGGUCAAACGUGUGUUUGUGUGUCUAGGGAGUGUGUGUGUGUGUGUGAGAGAGUAACUGUUAUGUAACAUGAAGAAGAAGACUGGAGCAGCAUGCUUGGAGUUUACUGGUGCAUUCUACUUGUUUUUGCAUCAUACAAAAUGUCAAGGGAUUUUCUUGUGUUUCUUUUAGAACAUUUUUGACACUUUUUUUUUUUCAAGAUAACUUUAUUGUCAUCAUCUGUAUGCGAGUGUGUGUCUAGGGAGUGUGUGUGUAUGUAUGAAACAGGGCAUCUUAAUGUGCACCUCUACUGCAGAAAGCACCGAAUUUAAGACCACGUCACAUUUCUAUCACAGUCAGAUCAGUUUCCUCCUCCUACGUCUUGACCCACUAUCCUUAAUCUCCACCGCCCCCCCCCACCCCCGUCAGGUGACCCCAUCCCAGCUACUAACGCCCCCACCAGCACCUCGACAUUCCUCAGUGCAUCCCAGAUUUACUCCCUGUAAGAUUCCCGAAAUACGAACAUGCAAUAUCUCCGCAGCUUUUAGGUACAUGGGAUGGUUUUGAGAAACGAUUAAUUUAAUUUCUUACUGUAUAUUGUCAAGUUGUUUUACAUUAUCGAAAUAUUAUUAUUCCUAUUAUUAUUAUGGUUACUACCUUGUUGUUUUUUUCAUUGCUGUUUGUUUUUAUGAACUUCAAUAAAAAUUCCACAGUUUUUCAA